UUGUGUACUUGUCAUGACAAAAUUUUGUCGAUGUUUUGGUGAUAAUAAAGCAUUUAUGUCUUAGUUUUACUGUGAAAUGUAUUUAUUUAAAUUAACUAUUGUUCUCUGAAACAUAUUACAAUGGAGCAAUCCGACAUGGGGUCAGAUCAGUAUUGUUUCGGGUGUUUGUGUGCGAAGGAAGAGAAGUCAAUUUACUGCUUAAAUUUACAAAACUCAGUUCUGAAAACAUUUAUACAGGCUGAAUGUUUAUUCCUUUGCUACCUCUGUAAGCGGGCCUCACAACAAGCGGAGCUGUUCAUACAAAAUGUCCAAAGUAACCAAAUUCUUCUAGAGAAUAUUCACAGUGUAGAAGAUACAACCAUACACUCAGUCCGCACACAAUCCCGAGCACCUCACCAACUAUCCUCGAUGUCUCUAGAUGUAAUAGAGUUAGGAACGACUAAGUCAACCGAAGAGGAGUCCUAUUUUGUCUAUGACCAUCGGGGGCCUAAAGUCAAGCAGGAGAUGAAGAAGGAGGGAGCAGCGUUUGAGGAUUAUGAUGAUGUUGAUACUGAUUUCCAAGAGCCUUUUCUUAAAGAAGAAGAUUUUCCUCUAAAAGAGUUAUUGAAGGAAGAGGUUAUGAUGAUGGAAGUGGAUCUUAAGAGCCUUAAGAAAAGCCUCAGAAAGGACAAGUAUAAGAAAAGAAAAGUGAAGAAGGAUAUAGAAAUUAAAAAAGAAGUAGAAGAAAUUCCAGAAUGCGAGGUAGAAACAGUGUACAUAACUCGAGAGCAGUGCUUCGAGGAACGCACUCAAAUGGCGCGCGACCAGCGCUACCUGGCCUCUACGUACAAGUGCACGGACUGUAUUAAAGGAUUCAACUAUAAGGAGAGCUUUCACAAACAUCUCGAGAAACAUAGCGAGAGCAAUGGCGAUUACGAAUGCGACGUGUGCAAACAGCGAAUGAGUACAGAAGAUAAGCUACUCUGUCACAAGAAAUACCACGAAAGACGGUACCGCUGCCCUGUAUGCGGCCUGACCCGGGUCAGCCGGCUGACGGUCAAGGACCAUUACUCAGCCUUCCACUCGGCCAGCCACCACCGACACUGUCCGCAUUGUGGUAAAACUUUCAAACGCCAGGUGUCGUGGCGGAAACACAUUGCGACGGUGCACGGUCGCGUGCGAGUCACUUGUGCGUACUGUGAGAAGAGUUAUGCGAAUAGAGACGUGCUCAAGGCGCAUAUGAUUGUUCGACAUCCUACGGAGGUGUCGGCGGGUGAGGUGACCAAGUCCCACGUGUGUCAAGAAUGCGGCAUGGCUUUCAAGGCUCCUUCCCAAUUGAAAAUACAUAGCGUCAAGCAUUCCCUGUCGAGGGAUUAUUACUGCGUCGAGUGCGACAAAAGCUUUAAAUCAGCAUCAAUACUAAAACAUCACUUGAAAACGGCGUCAACUCACGUCAGCUACACUGAAUUACCUUUGGCAUGUGAACACUGCGACAAACGGUUCGCGAUCCGACGCGAUCUGGAGCGACACACAAACAGGGUGCAUCUCAACAUCAAACCGUUCCAGUGCGACCGCUGCGAAAAGGCAUACGUGAACGCGUGGUCUUUGAACGAGCACAGGCGACUGGUUCACGAGGGGUUCAAACGACCGCUGAAAUACCCCUGUCCCAUGUGCGACAAGGUCUUCGACCGUAACCAGAUCCUCAAAGGCCAUAUUCGAACCCACACCGGCGAGCGACCCUACCAGUGCAGCCGCUGCCCCGCGCAGUUCACGCAAGCCAGCAUACUGGGGACACACGUCAAGCUUAUACAUCUAAAGUUGACAAGGGACGGAAGACCUAAGGGUUUAGCGAGCAAAUAGUCUAGGCUUAGUUCACACAAGCCAGCAUACAGCAACAUAAAAUUAUAACCUAUCCAAUAGAAAAAAAAACCAGCCAAGUGCGAGUCAGACUCGCGCACGAAGGGUUCCAUUACCGCAAAAAACGGCAAAAAAAUCAUGUUUGUUGUAUGGGAGGCCCUCCUUAAAUAUUUAUUUUUCUGUUUUUAGUAUUAUUUGUAUAGCGGCAACAGAAAUACAUCAUCUGUGAAAAUUUCAACUGUCUAGCUGUCACGGUUCAUGAAAUACUGCCUGGUGACAGACAGACGGACAGCGGAGUCUUAGUAAUAGGGUCCCGUUUUUACCCUUUGGGUACGGAACCCUAAUUACUCGAGCCUUCUCAUAGCCAUGGUAAAAACCUAAUCAAAGUCACAUAAAUAAUGCCUAGUCUCGUCAUUAACUACUAAGAAAUAGAUCGGAAAACAAGUGACAAUUGUUGUUUUAUUUAUAAUUAUUUUAUUUGUGGUAUUUUCUAUAAAAAGGGACCUUAUUAUCGAUGGCGCUUACGCCAUUAUAAACGAUGCUCCGAUAUAAAUACA